CCAGGUGGGCCGGGUGAGAAUCAACUUCACACAGUGCUAAUUGUCAUCUGACGGGAACAGCGCGUCUAUAAGAGAUGUGCUAAGGUCGACUGCCAUCCAGUACCCGACAGCCACAAGAGGAUACAUCAUGGACCGGAAGAAGUUUAUCAUACUGUUGGGAGCACUGCUUCGCGCAUUCAUGCUAACAACUUGUUUACCUUUGGAGGAUGCAACUACAAGCAAGGGAAGCAGCAGCCUGGAGCCACUACCAGUCCUGCCACUGCAAACCACAGCCACGUGGCUGAAUGACCAGGACAAGUCAACGUUACAAGAUGAGACAACUGUAAGUAAUGCAGAGGAUCAAACAACACAGAACUACGAAGAAGAGACGACGCACAUCAGCGUGUCAGGAAACUCAACCUCCCACCCUGUGCUGGCGACCAACCAGGACAGGAUCACCACAGUGAAGAUCAUCAUCAUCAGCAGAUCCACAACACUAGCGAUGCUAGCCAACAAGCAGGCCGACAACACGACAGAUGUGGCGGGCAGCACCGCCGCUCGGGACAGUGCAGAAGAACUGACGACCAGUCCCUGGACAGACCUGCUGACAACGCGGGGUUUCUUUAGAAAACGCAGGGACACCUCCCACGGCAGUGACAGUUCACAAAGCAGCGAUAGUUCGGACAGCAGUGACAGCUCGGACAGCGACAGCUCCCACAGCAGCGAAGAAAAACACAUUCAACGCAGAAGAAAACGUGAUGAGGAUGUCAGCGAUGCUUAUGACAUUGAUCCUAAUAUUGACGCUAUUGAUGAAGACAAGAAUGAUAGCAACAGUGAGGACUGUAAUGAUGAUGAUGGUGGUGAAGAAAACGGAACCCGAAAAAAACGGACACCAAUUCUUCCAUGGGGCAGUGAUGACAUUCCCUACACCUACCUCGGCAAGAAGUGACGAGCAGGAAUUGUUACUGAGCAAAGGAUUUCCCAGUGGUGAAAAAACAUUUUUGACAAGGACUGGAUGUCGAACUCAGGUCUAAGGCCUUUCAAAAAAUACGUACACGUAAAAGUAUAUGUACUAAAAGAAUAAGUAUGUACUAGUUAAUUUACAGUGAUAUUUAUUCAGCAUACAGCUUUAUCAUUAUAGAAAUUCUCGUAUGUUACUAAUGUGUACUCCUAGAGAAGACAAAUGUGAAAUGAACCUAGUGAAGAUUUUGUGUAAUAUCAAUGCACAAACUGAUUGUGAUAAAAAGGGUGACUAGUAUUUCAGUCAGCCCAAAAAAUUUCUCACUCAAAAUGAAAAAAUAGCAAUGAAAAGUAAAAUUUCAAAAAUGAUAGUAUACCAGAAACUUUGCUUGUGUUCACUAAUAAAUAAAAAUGGGUUUGUGAGAAAAAAAUUAUCAUCUAUAAAUAUUUAUGCUUUAAGCCAAUAAUAAAAGAAUUAAUAAAUGUAAAAAAAAAUUGUACGAUGAUACUGUACAUCCUCAAAUUAAGAAAUAAUUGAAAUAAUAAAAAAUACCCAUACAAGAAA